AGUAUGUAAUUGCAUUAUUUCCUCACGUUUGUUAUCAAUAUCAAUGUGACGCAAAAUGUAAAAUUAAAUGGUAAAUUGUUAUAAUUAAAAUUAUAAGAUCCAAAAAGAUACAAUGAAUAAACUAUUGAAUUGAGGAUAAGAUAGCGUGUUGUUUAUCUUCUCAGCAUGAGCUUCUAUGGUAGAAGGAAAGAAAGCAAAGCAAAACGGCAAGUUGUAUUUUUUUUAUUGCAUUCCGUGCUCAUUUAGCUGUGACUAAAUUGUUUUUCCAUUUUAGAGUCUCUUAUAUGCUUCCUUUUCUUGGCAAACAAAUAUUCUACAUUUCAAAGUGUACAAGAUUCCUUAGUCGCAUCUUUCCAUUCCCCUGCAGGAGGUAGGUCUGGAAUCUUCAAUUUCGGUUGCAGACCAUCACAAGGAAAGAAGUGUGAGACAUAGUGAAGCCUUACAUGAAAUCAACAAGGUGUUGGAAGUUGUGCGUGAAGAUCAUGGUUUACCUGUGGCUCAAGCAUGGGCCCCGUGCGACGUUGACUGGACAUGCUCAGCUCUAGUUAAGGGUGACAUUUUCCAUGUGAUUAGCUAUUCCACAACAUAUAAGUGCUGGAAAUUCAAUUGGGCCAACGCUGUAUCUCACUUAAGAAAGGGGCAAGGAGUUGUUGGGAGAGCAUUCUCGUCCCCCAAUGUAUUAUUUUGCAAGGAUGUAACCCAACUUAGCAUAAUUGACUAUCCAUUGGCACACAAUGCACGGGUUGAAGAAUUAGGUGGUUGUUUCGCAAUAUGCUUGCAAAGUAGUUGCACUGGAAAUGACAUUUACGUGUUAGAGUGCUUUAUGCCGCCAAGCAACAAAGACUAUGGUAAUCAAUAGACUGCAUUGAGGAAAAUAUUGGAAACAAUGAAGAAAAAUUUCCAAACUUUUAAGCUUGCCUCUGGAGAAGAACUUGGGGAACAUUUAUGUAUUGAAGAAAUUUCUUUUCAGAAUGGUGAGAAACUUGAUUCUGUUCAAAUGCCCCAAACUACUAAAUCUUUGCCUAGGCUGGAGCCCUUGCAAAGUGGAGGAGAGAUGACACAACUGGAUUCAUCGAAUCAACAAUCAAUUGAUGCAUUAAGCAAUGGAAGUAAUAUUGUAAGUGCGGAAAGAUGCAACAUUGAUGUUACUUGUUCACAGGAAAAAGGCAAAACUAGGAGACCAAAAAGAGUGUACAAUAGAACUGGAGUUAAAAUUGAAAUUCCUUUAGAUGAUAUCUUACAAAAUUCAACAAAGAGCAGCCAGGCUGCUGCAGAUGACCUCAAAGUUAGCCGAUCUGCACUAAAUCGUGUUUGUAGACGUUAUGGUUUCCCGAGGUGGCCACCACGCAAGAAGAAUAUGGUUGGUCAAUCUCAACCUAGUGAAUCUUCCCGGGGUGUUGAUCAUCAACAAAUAUCACAAUUAAGUUUUGAUCUGCCUUUCAAUCAAGCCUCAACUACUGUUGUUCAUGCAAACCCACAUAAUAUAGCAAUUGAAGAUGCAAAUAUUGUGACCAUGAGGGCAAAAUAUAUGAAUGAUAUUACAAUAAAGUUUCAGCUGUCUUUGUCAUCAGGACUGGUUGAGUUGCAACAACAAAUAGCUAAGAGGCUGCACUUAGAAGCUGGAAGUUAUUAUGUCAAGUAUAAAGAUGAGGAAGAUCACGUGAUUUUAAUAGCUUGCGAUGAUGACUUGCAGGAUUGUAUUAGCACUUACAGAUUGCUGGGAACUUCCAUCGUGGUAUCUAUUGAUCCAAAGUAGUCAAUUACCACUAACCAACUUGAAUCAUCUCAAUUUUUUUAGUUGCUGCUAUAUUUUCUUUUGUUCUAUCUUUUGAUUCUAGAGAUAGUUGUUGGACUAUCAUGCCUUGUUUCCUCUGUUUCAGGAAGGUUGGGAGUGUUUUGGGUUCUUUUGGUUUCCUCUUGGCAGUUGGAUUCUGGCCAACUGUUUCAUUCUCCCCUUUUGU